AGCUCCUCCUGUAGGGGAAUCCCCACAAACGCGUGGAGUUUGCGUUUCUGUUUUUAGGCAGGGAAAUUAACUUUUCAGUCGUGUUUUGGUCGGUGUACGGGUAACGUUAACUUAAAAAUAUCGCGGCAGGAAUCGUACAGAAGCAACAAGACAAUCGUCUGGGGAGAGGAGGAGAGUAAAUUAGUUUACAGUAAGCUGACUAAAGUUUUGUUUCUUGUUUGUAAUCGUACGAACUCGAAAGGCCAUGGCGGAAAAUACGGAAAGCCAAGAUUUUGCUGAGCUCUGGACCCAGAACCUCAUGUCAGAAGCUAUCCAAAGGCCAGAAUCUGUUUUUUGGGAUACAUCUAUGAACUGUGAUGAGCUGUACCUAACGAGCUCAUUCGAUCGAAAUAUUUUCGAUAACGUGCCGACAGAACAACCUCAGCCGUCCACCUCCCCACCAACCUCCACUGUCCCGGUAUCCACCGACUAUCCUGGGGAGCAUGGUUUCAGGCUGGCGUUCCCACAAUCAGGCACUGCCAAAUCGGUCACCUGCACAUACUCUUCAGAACUGAAUAAGCUCUUUUGUCAACUGGCGAAGACGUGUCCGGUUCAGAUGGUGGUGAACACUGCCCCUCCCCAGGGCUCAGUGCUCAGAGCCAUUGCCAUAUACAAGAAGUCAGAGCAUGUGGCUGAGGUGGUUCGCCGAUGCCCCCACCAUGAGAGGACCCCUGACACUGAUGUAUUGGCUCCCCCUGCCCACCUCAUCCGAGUGGAAGGAAACAUGCGCGCUGUUUACAAUCAAGAUGAUGUCGCCUACAGGCACAGUGUUAUGGUGCCAUAUGAACCUCCACAGUUGGGUGCAGAGUGUACUACCAUUCUUUACAAUUUUAUGUGUAACAGCAGCUGCAUGGGGGGCAUGAACCGCCGACCCAUCCUCACUAUUAUCACGUUGGAGACCCAUGACGGGCAAUUACUGGGUCGUCGGUCUUUCGAGGUGCGUGUGUGUGCGUGUCCAGGCAGAGACAGAAAAACCGAAGAGGGCAACUUAAGGAAAGAACAGGAAGCCAAAACCUCAGACAAGACGCCUUCUACGACCAAACGCAGCUUUAAAGAAUCAUCCUCAUCAAAUCCUCGAGCUGAGAGCAGCAAGAAGGCUAAACUGAGUAACAGCAGUGAUGAGGAGAUCUUUACGCUGCAUGUGCGAGGUAAAGAGAGAUAUGAGAUGCUGAAAAAAAUAAACGACAGUUUGGAACUGAGCGACGUGGUGCCUCCAUCCGAUGUUGACAAGUACCGCCAAAAAUUGGUUUCUAAAAGCAAGAAAGAAAAAGAUGGUCAGACUCCUGAGCCAAAGCGUGGUAAAAAACUGAUGGUGAAAGAAGAGAAGAGUGACUCGGAUUAAGAUGGAGAGAGAGAGCGAGAGAGAGAGAGAGAGACAGA